AUGAGUACUCCGUCGCCCGAGCAUUCGCCGCUUUGCUCUCUGAUUGACGAGCUUCUUCGUCCGUACACCCAAUCGGAGUUUCCCUUGACCAAAGAAAGCGAGAAAGACCUAUUAAUCGCUCUCUCCCAGGUCCUGAGACAAAUCAAAUUUUGGACUCAUGAACUUGAUUCCGACAACGACAACGACACUAUGGAAAAACCUGCAGAUAACGGACAAUUUCCUGUUGGCUCCAAGCUACAUUAUGAAGAGCACCAUUGUUUAACUAAGAUCAUAGGUGACUUGAUGUUUUUGUUAGCUGCUGAAAGUCGAUAUGUUCAACAUUUGGCAGGCAACAUUAUUGUGAUAAUUUCUGAGUUUGUGGUUGCAAUGGGGAGCAAUUGGGGUGAACUUAUGCAUUUGUUGUGUCUUUGCUUGGAGUUAGCAAUUUGUAAUGCUUAUUCAUCUUCCUUCGAGCCUUCGACAACAAAUGAAAUAGAUUUAGGUUGUGAUUCAUCAAGUUCCAUUACAGCCUUAAAACCGAGACUGAAAAAUGCAAAUUUGUCUUCACUGGCUGGUAUUGUUCGAGUUUUACGCAACAUCCUGAAACACUUGAAGGUGGAAUCUGAUGGUCACCUGUUAAAAGUGUACUUCGGUUCUAUUGGUUCUUGUCUUUCAAAUGUGCCUUGGGAUCUGUUGGAUAGCAUUCUUAUUGGUCAGAAUGGUGACGUUCUGAGAAGCUCCAGUGUGGAUGCUUUGCUAUACUCUAAUGUUGCUCAACCUGAGCCAAGAAUUACAUUUAAAGGAAAUCUCAUUCAGUUCUUCUGUUCUUUGGUUGAGCAAAGUGGAUUCGUGGAAGCUGCAGGUGGCUCUCAACACAAGCAUUCAGUUAUUUUUGAAAUACAUAGCGUUCUUCCUAAACUUUUAGCCUGGUGCCUUGACGAGCAAGGGGACUGCACGUGCAUCCCUCAGUAUUUUAGACAUAAAAUUUUGAUACUAAUGAGCAGGCUUAGUGUUCAAAUCCACUUGGAAUGCUCCAUUCUUGUCUCAUGGUUGCAUCUUAUCCACAAGCACUUUCAAGAUCUUUUAUUGCAACCUAUAAUUCAACUGGAGUCUGAUAAGGAUGACUGUCUAGAGGGCUCGCCAUUUUUGGUCAAUGUUUUUGAUGAUGGAAAACAAAUUUUUUCUUCUCGCCAUUUACAAAGGCUGGCUGUUCUCUUUUUCCUGAAGAGUUCCUUGAGUUUGAUAAGUCUGAGAGAAAGAAGUGAUGAAAGUGGAAAGGAAGGUUCCUCAGAGCUUUAUGAGUGGCUUCAAGGGCAUCUUCCUGUUGAUAUCUUUGCGGACCAUAACUUGUACUUUGAAAGAUGUGUGAGCUUUGCCUUAUCGUUCCUUCAGCUGUAUAUGCAUGAGGAUGAUAUCCUAUUUGAAGUGCUCUUGCAACUGUUUUGUGUGCCUUUCUUCCCGGAGCGACAGGUUUGCAAAGGCAGGACUUUUCAGGAGGUGAAUGAUAAUAUGCUUUUCCUUGUUUCAGAUGUUUUUAAUCCCAUAUCUUUAUUCCAUCUAUUUCUUGCUGAGAUACUUUAUGAUCAUCAAGUUCUUCUUGAUUACCUUAUCUCCAAAGACACCGGAGCCAGUUCGGCUGAAUAUCUUUUGAGGUGCUUGCGAAUUGUAUGUGAUUCAUGGAAGUUCUUUGUUGAAUUUUCUGUGGGUGGCGAAGUUACAAAUCAAUCAUCUUGCAAGAAAAGGAAGGUUUCAGGGGGUGUUACGGAUCUUAAGGGAAAGGUGUCCUCUGCCUCAAUGGAAGGUGAUGGAAUUUUUCUGUCACCCCAAAAUGAUUGCAAGAGAGGCCAUCCAUAUGGAUGUAAGCACUAUAGAACUGAGAGGCCACCAUUUGAUGAUGCUAAGGAUUGUUUGCUUUCCCUAAAAAUAUCCCUGGAGAAUCUUCAUCGGAAGAAUUUGUUUCCAUAUGAUCCACAAGUACUUCUGAGACGUUUAACAAGAUUUCAAGGGCUUUGCCUUGACCUGAAGAAAAUAUAA